AUGCCGUCGGGCCACCUACUACAGGCUGAGAAUUGCAACAGCUACACAGACAGUUAUGGCAACUACUAUGACACGCAGCAUUGCAUGGGUGCCUACUGCUGUGGAACCUGCAACCAAAGGUCCUGCUGCACCAACAGGCAGUAUCGUCUAAGUGAAAAGGAUCAGAGGUUAUGUGAUAAUAGCUAUGCCAGUGAUGGCAGAAGCAAACUAGCUACUCUUCUGGGGAGCAUCUUAGGGACUAUUUUACCCAUCCUCCUUUGUGUUGGUCUGGUCAUCUGCUGUGUCGCUCCCUGCUGCCUGUUCUACAAGAAGUGCCGAAAAGGACGCAGCCGAACACCAACUGGCCCCACUGUGAUCCACAUGCCCCAGCAGCCUAACCACCCCUCCAUAAACCCUGGGUACCAGCCUGUACCUGUUCAGCCUGGAAUGGGAGGCCUGCCAAACCCUUCUGGACCUCCUCCCUACAAUCCUGGCAGCGCUGCAUUCACACCAGGUCAGCCGAUGUACCCUCUUGUACCUCCAGCACAACCAGGUGGAUUCUCACAGCCACCCUACAACCCCGCUUACCCAAAUGUCUAAGGCUGGGAUAUCCCAGGAUCACUCACUGCAUGUUUAAAACCACAGUGCAACUAUACUAUAUACUACGAAUAUACAGCACUAAUAGCCGGGGGGGGGGUGAAACAUGUGAAUCUCAUUGGUUGACAAGAGGCAGGAAUUAGAUAUAUUUUUGGGAAACUGCUUGUUUAAGGUAAUGUUAACAUAAUCUCAUUUAUUGGGACUAAUUUUACUGCAAUUUCUUUAACCUUUACAACCAAUGGCUUCUUCUUUAUGAGCAUUUCUUCAAAAUGACCUCCAGCUGCCACUAGAGGCCGCCCCUGGACAACUUUUAUUUUGUACAGCUGAGGGAACGGGGGAAGCUGUAAGCAGCUGUCAAGUCUUUUUAUUUGAUUAGUUUGUUGGAAUUAUCAAUCUAUGCUGGGUCUUUUUGAAUGUAUGAAUAUUUUAGUUGUCCUGUGUUAUUUUGACAGAAGACUGAGGAUCAGCGCAGUCAAAACAGCACACACUAAACUCCAUUUGUCCCAGUCUCUGGUAUCUGUUGCGUUUAAUAACAGGAAAGUCUAGCUAUUCAACUACUAAUGGAGUACAUGCACGGGUAUUAAUUUGUCACAGCACUGAAUAUAACUCAGCACUAAACAAUCUAAGUUAUCCCAGGACAUAGAAGAGUGCAUUUGUCUUGGAAAUUAAAUAUAAUGAUAAUAAAAAAAAUCCACCUUGGCAAAUACCCUGAGAUCAUCAUGUGUUUUUUAUGCAUUGUGGUUAACUAUUUUUGUCUUUUGUUUGGAAUGUCUUUAAUAAUCUGUUUGAUUUUGGUUUCUGGGAUGAGAAGUGUCAGUGCUUAAACAAAUGUACCAGCUUAUUCAGCAUUCUCUAGCUCUGAUGUCUUUAACACUUCAUGGGUGUACUGUAACCACAGUUGGCAGACUUUUUACAUUUCAUAUUUCAUGGU